GUCUGGAGAGAAGCAACACGGGCCGCUCGCUGGGCUCUGAAGAUCUCCGCAUUCGCUCUGAGCACGUACGACACAUCGCCACAGCUCCGGUCCCGAAUACGCGCUCCAUUUCCCCGCUCAACAAAAGGAAAAGGACCGGUCUGCUCCACCCUGGGAAGGUUGGUGAUGGUCAGUGGUAGUUAAAGCCCACAGCCAAGGAUGUCUGCUACAGAUUCGGACAACUCCAUUGACUGGCUGGCUAGUGACACUGAGGAUAACAACAGUGAACAGGAGUUUGAGAGGAAGCAUAGCCAGACAGAUGCUCUUUCAACAGACAGCCGCUGGAGCUGUGAGAUCCAGGAGGCGUCCACAAGGGGGCCUCCCUCCAGCUGCAUGGAGACAUGGGGCAUGGACACCAUUGAACUGUGUAAAACACAACAAGGCGAGAAGAUGAAGAGACGGCGCAGCUUCACAGAGGAGGAGGAAGGACGGGUCAUUUCCAGUCAGUCAGAGAAGGGGCGACUUUUCACCCAAAAGUGCAUGGAGCUGCAAUGCUACAUCCAGCCACUGUCCUCCAUAUUGAAUGGUCUUCGUUCAGGGAGAUACAGAGAACGACUCAGCAGUUUCCAAGAGAGUGUUGCCAUGGAUAGAAUCCAAAGGAUUCUGGGUGUUCUGCAGAACCCCUGCUUAGGGGAGAAAUACAUUAGUAUCAUUCUUAAAAUGGAGGAAAUGCUAAAGAGUUGGUUCCCCAAUGUAAAACCCCAACACCAACAGGCUCUCACCCACGCAGAGGGAGUCGUUCCUACAAAGAAACUGAAGCUUUCCCCAGUGACACAGACUGCAGCAGUGAGCCCAGUCACCAUCAGCGAUACUCCGGUGGGUGCCAAACCCCUGCGAGUCACUGACCUCACACCCCCUGGAGCCUACUCUGCAAGCAACCUUAAAUGGCUCCACACAUCCCCCAUCUGCUCCCCCACAGCAGAACAGGCCCAGGCGGGCCCUCGGCAUGUAGCACCCCCUAGAGACAUAACGCAGGAUAGUGCGGUAUCCUCCAGCACUGACAUCCCCGCUAACACAGACUCCGUGCCUAGAGGGCCUCCGCCAGGCAAAAUCAACGCACCUUGUCUAGAGCGCCUACUAAAGUCGACAGAAAGCAUCAUCACCCGCAAAGGGACAUCGGGUUUGAAGGACAGCAGCUGGUCCUAGUCCACAUGGGGGGCUGCCUAACAUGCAGCUGAGCCUUUAUAACUCUACUAGGGGGGGCCAGUUAGCUCACUUUGCCCAUUCCAGCCUUCAGGGGAGACCUGAGCCUUCAAAGGGGACUUGGCAGGUUUACUUUUUAGCGUGGAAGACAAACAUGUUGUACUGUGUGGGAAUGUGCUCUCUCUUACACGACAAGUGUCUGCUAUAUUUCCCUUUUGUUGAUUUACUUUUGUUUUGUCGUUUGCACUCUUGGGUAGCAUGUUUGAAGGUGGGAAGGAGAGCGAUUUCACCUUAACUGGAGCAGCGCUCCCACUGUAGAUCCAAUGGGUUUGUUUGAGAGUUUGUAAAAGCGCCAUCUUGCCUAUGAGGUGGAAGUAGUUUGUGCUGAAAGGAAGUACGUCCAAUCUCUCGACAUGUGGUCAACAGCGGCCUACGUAUUUGUUGUGCUGAAAUGUGACAUUUUCUCAUCCUUCUCAUGACUCCACUAUGUCAACUUUAUUUUUGUAACUGUUACUCAUUUUCAUACUUGGAGAAUAAGUCUUUUGGUACAACUGUUCUACCUCAGCGGGCGCCAUGUCACAGUUGACGGGUGAGCGUAAGAAUGUGAACGCAUCACUCAACCUCUCCGGACACCUCCGCGGAUCUGCAGUGAGCCACACCGGUAUCAAACAGGAAGCUCUGCAGCACGAGCCACCCUGUUUAGGGACGCUCCCACUGGAGGGAUGCUCUCGUGGUGCCAUUGUAAAGAAUGUCCACCGAGUCUCCCAGUCGAAGGCAAAACAGUGCCUGUAAACGUAAAGCUGUGCCUGUAUGCCGGUUUAGUAAAGCGAGAGAAAAUUUGGGACUUCCUGCUCCAAGGCAGGAUUGUACUAAUCAGGAAUUGUCAGUCUCCUGCCAUUAAUUCUCUUGGAAUGCGUAAAUUAUUCAGUUCUUGCCAACCCGCUUCAGUGGUGGAGUAGAACAAUUGUUAUGUGUUGCCACAGAACUCAGACAGUACACCAGACCAGCAGAGAGGGGCAAGUUUUUUUCCCCUCUGUGUAAACCCGACAGAGAGGUUAUUGAUUUAUUCUGAAAAGUGGCCUUUAUAGUGUGAAUUUUUAUACUUUUAAAAUAAAUGUGUGUAUAUUUGUUUGAUGCAA